AUGGAAAAUCCAAGUCCAGAUCAUAAUUUGGCCUUCGGUGAUAUCCUUUCAGAGGUAAGCGGUGAUCAAGAAGCUGGCCCAAUUUGUUUCCGCGAGAAGCUGACAAUCAACUUCCGCUUGCUGGAUGUCUGCAGAAAGCUAUUAAAAAUAGAAGAGCGCCUUUCGCUUUAUUUGAGAAGCACAGAUAUUCCCUUCUUGGAAUCCAUAGUGGGGCAAGGACUGAACAGCCAAGUUCAAUGGGUGACCUCAAAACUUCACAAAACUUCUCUUAUGUUGAAAGUUAUAUUUGAGAGGAUCAAAUCAGAAACAGCCUCAAAGGUUGAAACCAGGGAGCUGUUGAGAUUUGCCAUUUCUAUAUCAGACAUCACCACACUGAUAGAUCGAGAUAUCAUUAGCAAUAUCAUAUCAGAUGAAAUCAUGGAAUACACUUCUCCUACUAAAGUACGCGAAUAUGCAAAGCGGUUUGCUGAAAAGCUUUCAUCAGUUGAGGCUCAGAUCGAGGGACUCCAUGACCGGGCAACUACAUUGGGCCUCACAUCUGCUACAUCUGAGCAGACAACACGUCUCAGUAAUAACAUAUAUACUGAGGAAGCCGUGUUGGAAGAAGAAAGAAAAGAUGUGUUCACUGUAAGUCUAGAGGAAGAUAUUCAGGUUAUAACAACCAAGUUAACUGGAGGCCAAAAAACAGCCGCUCUAGUAGCAAUAAUUGGUGAAAAAGGUAUUGGAAAAACUACUCUGGCUAAAAAAAUCUACCACCAUCGAGUGGUCGCUCAUCAUUUUCCUUGUCGUGCUUGGGUGACUGCAUCUGAUGACUUUGAACCUAAUUCUUUUUUGUUUAGCAUAGCAAAGCAAGUUCUUGUAGGCUUUGUUGAAAAUGACCCCAUCGAUAGAAUAAGGUACAAACUUGCUCGUUUGUGGUGGCAUCAGAAGUAUCUAAUAGUCCUUGACGAUGCACAUGCAAUUGUAGAAGCCAGAAAGACUCUUUGUAAAUUAUGUCCAAACCAAUCUAAUGGAAGUAAACUCUUGAUAACCACUUCCAAGAGAGGCCUUUUAAAAGCUUCCUCAAAUUGCUAUAUUCAUGAAAGGCGUGUUUUGGGUGAUGAAGAAGCAUGGGAGCUGUUCAAUACCAGAUUAGAUUUUCAGGUUGAUCAAGAAGUGGAACAGUUUGCACGAGAUAUUGUAAAGAAAUGCUCAGGUAGCCCUUCAUCAGUAUUAAGGUUAGCCGAUAUCAUUUCUAGCAAAGCAGCAACGCAGGAGCAGUUUAUCACCCUCAGUCAGAUCAAUGAUCCCAAUGGAUCCAGUUAUCCUUCCCUGACCUCCGGCUCUGAUCUUAUGUCAUCAAGUGACAAACAAUUCCUUAUGCAAUUCAUACAUUUUUCCAAGACUGAAAUUCCGGCCAGGAGAUUAAUUGUAUUGUGGGUUGCUGAAGGACUGGUAGAUCAACCAGCAGAUAGUGCAGAAACACCCGAAUGUGCAGGUGAAAAUGUUCUGAUGGAGUUGGUACAGAAACGCAUGAUCCAAGUAGCAAAAUGGAAGCCAAAUGGAAAGGUGAAAACAUGUAGGCUGAAGUACAGCUUGAUGGAUAAAUUAAGGACAGAAGCAGGCAAAGCGAAUUUUCUCAAAAUAAACUGGCAAGUAGCUGCCUCCAAGUCAACCAAAAAGAAGGGUGUGAUGCUUCGAGUAGCAGAUCAUCUUGACAAUAAUUGUUCGAUCUUCUCACACAUCCACGAGAAUGACAGCAUUGGUUCUUCUUCUUUUAAGCAUCAUUACAAGCGGCUCAUUUCAUUUCUUUCGUUUGAUUCACGCGAAGGGCCUGUACCUGGAAAAGACAUAGGCAACUUCAUCCAUAGAGGCAUUAAGUUGAAGUGCUUUAAAAUGCUUCGCGUACUUGAUCUUGAGGGUACAUUUAGACCUAAAUUACCAGAUUCAAUAAAAAAGCUAUCUCAAUUGAGAUAUUUAGGCCUUCGUCAUACUUAUACAGAGUUGCUUCCUGAGGCAAUAGGUAAAUUAUCUAACCUUCAGACCUUGGAUUUGAAACACACUUGCCUCAGGAGCCUUCCCGGUUCUAUAUGGAAGUUGCAACAGCUACGCCAUCUGUACUUGAGUGAGAACUAUCGCAGCAGGAUUAUGGUGCCCGGGAGUUCUAUAUCACUCCUCAACAUUCAGACACUGUGGGGUGCAUUUGUGGAUGAUGAAACGGGGAUUGAAGAUGGUCUGAAGAAACUAACCAGUCUUAGAAAGUUAGGAAUGGUAUAUCGUUUACCGUUAAUGCAGCAGGGUAUAUUAGCCAAGUGGAUACUAAAAUUGCAUCAUCUGGAAUCCUUGAGACUGAGAUCAGUCGAUGACAUGAAUAAUCCAUCUCUCCUUUAUUUAAAAACCAUUUCAGGACUCAACAAGCUGUCCAGUCUGUAUCUACUCGGAAAGCUAGCAAAUCCACUUGUUCUAGAAGCAAUGCCAGAGAGCCUUACUGAAAUUACUUUGUCACUUUCUGGUCUAAGUGUUGAUCCAAUGCGGACAUUGGAGAAGCUUCCAUAUCUGAGAAUCCUGAACUUAUAUGCAGGAUCCUGUACCAACAGCACAAUGGUUUGCUCAUCAGGAGGAUUUCCUUUGCUACGACUCCUCAAUUUGUGGAAGUUAGAAGAACUUGUAGAGUGGAUUGUGAAAGAUGGAUCCCUGACAAUUCUUAGACAUUUAGAGAUUAGGUCUUGUGCAAAGUUAAAAAUGAUUCCAGAAGGUCUAAAACACCUCAAGAAUUGUCGGGAAUUGAGGUUGACAAAUAUGCCUGAGGACUUUAAAACAAGGGUUACAAAGGAUGAGGGUGUAGAUUGGCCGAGUAUUGCACAUAUUGCUUCAGUCAUCCUAAAGAACUAA